AUGGCUACUGAAAAUGAAAAUAAUGCAUUGGAGUUAUCCCGUGUAGCGGUUCGAGUUCCUCCGUUUUGGCGACAAAAUCCGCGGCUAUGGUUUAUACAAUUGGAGUCCCAGUUUGUUACAUCAGGAAUUUCUUCCGACGAAACGAAGUUCCAUACGCUAGUUGGGUCCAUGGAAAGCGGUAUUUUCAACCAUGUAAACCAUAUUGUGGAAAAUCCUCCAGCGGUCAACAAAUACGAAGUCUUGAAAAAGGCAUUGCUUGAUGAAUUUAUGGAAUCUGAGGAAAAACGCCUUCGACAACUUUUGGAAAAUGUAUGUAUCGGUGACAAGAAACCUUCAGCAUUACUAAGGGAAAUGAUGGAAUUGUCCUGUGGAAAAGUGUCAAAAGAGUUAUUGAAAACAUUGUGGAUCCAGCGCCUUCCAUCAACAACAAGAGCCAUACUGUCGGUAAGCGAUGAUGGAGUAGACAAGUUAGCAAUCAUGGCAGAUAAAAUCCAUGACCAGUCUGAUGCUUCUGGUGUAGUCAAUGCUGUUUCAACUAAGGAUGAAGACCGUUUGAUGGUUUUGGAAAGGCAAGUUAGUGAACUUUUAUCGAAAAUUGAUGCCUUUUCGUUCAGAAGUGGUCAACACGAAAAAAGGAAUUCCACACAUCGUUCACGAAGUAAUUCACGCUCUCGUUCAACAUCUUCUGUGUGUUGGUACCACUAUAAAUUUGGACGGAAAGCGACAAAAUGCCGUUCGCCCUGCUCGUUCAAUUCGACGGAAAACAAAACCUCAUCUAAGGUGGCGGAUGAGUGCGGCCGGCAUAUAAGUCGCCUUUUUAUUUAA